AUGAUGAUUCGGGGCCUUUGGGAAGUCCGCCAAUCGACUACGAGCCCGCUGAUUGAUUACGGGUCGGUUGGCAACCCAACCCUUGAUCAAGCUGCAGACCGGCAUGGAAACGACAUGAGAACACCUGUUGAUCACUGUGGCGAGGGCGAAAACCCCCUCUAUGAAGCCAAAAUCGCCAUAGAGCUACGUAAAGCCAAAGUCGCAGGUCGAGACGCAGCAAUAUGA